AUGGCUGAGGGGCAGAAAAUUGAGAUACCAAGACUGAAACUGGGAAACCAGGGACUUGAGGUCUCCAAAUUGGGGUAUGGGUGUAUGGGGCUUUCUGGAGUCUACAGUGAUCCUCUCCCCGAAGAGGAAGGCAUUUCAAUAAUGAAGGAUGUGUUUGAUAAAGGAAUCACAUUUUUUGAUACAUCAGAUAUUUACGGUUCCAACCAUGCUAAUGAAAUAUUGGUGGGAAAGGCACUAAAGCAUUUGCCUCGCGAAAAGGUCCAAUUGGCCACAAAAUUUGGUGUUGCCAAAACUGAACAUAAUCGUUUUACAGUGAAAGGCAAACCUGAAUAUGUUCGCUCCUGCUGUGAGGAUAGCUUGAGGCGACUUGGUGUGGAAUACAUUGAUCUCUACUAUAUACACCGAAUUGACACAUCAGUACCUAUUGAGGAAACUGUGAGUGAACUUAAGAAAUUAGUGGAAGAGGGUAAAAUAAAGUACAUUGGGCUAUCGGAAGCGAGCCCAGGCACAAUAAGGAGGGCACAUGCAGUUCAUCCCGUCUCUGCUGUACAAAUGGAUUAUUCCCUUUGGUCUCGUGACAUUGAGGAAGAAAUAAUCCCACUUUGCAGGGAACUUGGAAUUGGGAUAGUUCCAUACAGCCCUAUUGGUCGUGGAUUUUUCGGUGGCAAGGGAGUUGUGGAAAGUGUGCCUUCAAAUAGUUUCUUGGAAAGACAUCCUAGGUUUAUAGGAGAAAACUUUGAGAAGAACAAGAUCUUUUAUACUCGAAUAGAAGCAUUGGCUAAAAAGCAUGGAUGCACCCCUUCUCAGCUCGCGCUGGCUUGGGUUCUUCAUCAAGGGGAUGAUAUAGUACCCAUUCCCGGAACAACGAAGAUUAAAAAUCUUGAUGAUAAUAUUGGUUCCGUGAGAGUGAAUCUCACCAAAGAUGAUGUAAAAGAUAUCUCUGAUGCGGUGCCUAUCAAUGAGGUGGCCGGGCCUGCUGCUCCUGAAGUUUCUGAGAGAUUCUCGUGGAGAUUUGCUAAUACACCGCCACCAAAAGAUAGCAAGCUAUCGACCUAA